AUGCUGUCAAAACCUGAAAAGGACUGCUGCAGUUUGCAACCGAUUCCAGAGGGCUCUAUUGCAGAAGACUCAGAGAGUCCCCCAGCACUCACUCCAGAACCAAAACCAGACGAUGCCGAAAUGGGGCUCCUCCCAAAAAUGCCCACGUUGGAUAGAAGUCUAACCGUCGCCAGACCACUCAACACCGCCCGCGUCAUCCGUGACCCACUAGCCAUCCGCGGCAGAUCUCCAAGACCAUCGGACACCCGGUACCUUUCCAUCGAGCACACUCCACUCCGCCAGAAUCUUCAACGCCAAAACCGUCGCCGUCCGAGUUACCGUGUCUCAAUGUGCAUGAAAGUCGCCUGGAUCCUGUGCAUCAUUGGGACAUUCCUCCUCGCUAUCGCUAUCCUUCUGAUGGUUGGACUUCUCAUCUUCAUGUGCAUCAUGCAUCCGGAUCUCAUUGGUUCCAACAUCUUGAAGAGGAACUAG